AUGGCUAUCAACAUAGAAACUUUCGAAGAUCUCCGAAAAGAGAUCGAACAAGUACGCUCUGAACAACCUACAUUAGAUUCCCAUGAAAUCUGGGAACAUAUAGUCAAAAAUUCGGACAGUCAGAAGCCACUGGAAGAGAUUACGGUGGAAACUUGUCUGGUAGCGUAUUUCGACUACCCUGAGGAGAAGACUGUCAAAAUAAAGGCCAGGAAAGCCGAUCCUGAAUAUUCAGAGAGCGAUGAUAAAGGUCUCAUGGAAUUUCUUAAGACUAUACCGACUAGCACCAAACCUAUACUGCCGGUUACAAAAGAUACACAGUCUGAAUCCGAAGAUACACAGUCUGACUCUGAAGAUACACAACCUGAAUCCAAAGAUACACAGACUGAUUCCAAAGAGAUACAACUCGGCGCUGAACAUACGGAAUUAGAUUCCAGAUAUACAGCGUUGGAGAUCGAUCGGUGGGUUUCAGCACGCGGAAAUAUUGUUCUCCAACUUCUUAAACAUAUCAACCCUGGACGAUCAUAUGAGGAUUUAGACCACAAAUUAUUGUUUCGACGCAUUCACAAACUUAGCUUGAGGCAGCCUAAAUUAAGCUCUCGUCAAAUUUGGCGACGGCUUAACGAGGAGCCAGAUAGUCAGAAUUCAUUGGAAGAAGUCGUUGUAGAAGCUUGGCUGGUAGUAGCGUUUGAUUAUCCUAUGGAGAAAACAGUUCAACUCAAGGCUCGUGAGAGUCAGGUGCGGCAAAAGGAAUUGGAUCGAGUGAAUUGGCAACUGUCUGUUAAUAAAUUCAUCAAAAGGUGGUAUGCUUAUCUCAUGUCCAAUCCUAACUUUGAAAAAAGAGUCGAGGAUUUAGAUAGAGAGGUUCUUGGAGAGAUCCAUGACCUAUGGUCCCAUCACCGUGGUUCGAGCUCUCGUUGGAUUUGGGGAGAGCUGAAUAAAAAACCAAACGGGCUGAUGCCAUUGAAAGAAAUAGUUGUGGAGGCUUGUUUAGUAGCAAAUGGGUAUCCUUUGGAGGACACUAUCCAGUUGAAGAAUCAAGAAAACCGGUGGUGGCAGGAAACCGAAAUUCUACGAUAUGAUACGAAAGAUAGCACUUUUCUAGCCUCGAAAUUAGGUGAAGGAAUGGAGUCUAUGGUGCUAAUUAUCAACAAGCUGAACCUCAAGAAGGUUGUUCAAGACAUUAAAGAGCUACGACAUCGUCAACCUACAUUAAGUCCUCGUCAGAUCUGGGUCGAUCUCGACAAACCGAACUAUUGGCCAGCACCAUUGCUAGAAAUAACGGUAGAGGCUUGCUUGAUCAAAUUUUGUGGCGUUCGUCCUGAAGAUACCACACAACUUGAAACGUUGGAUUAUCGCGAAGUGCCUGGGCAGAGAUUCCUAGAUAGGGUCUUGGAUUAUUGUUUUGGCUCCCAUAAGCUUGAAAAUACUGGCUGCGGAUGCUGGGGUUCUGCGAAGAUUGUAGAGCAAAGUGAGAUCGAUCAUUAUCGAAAGAAUGGAAGAGUCAAGGUAGACCCUAAGAUGACUCGAGCAGUCGGGUUAUUAAGGAUUAUGCUCGAUACAAAAUAUACUAUCAAAAGCUUCUUCCCAAUAAAUACACCCACGGCGUUGGCUAUCAUGCCAUAUCGGGAGAUGAACGCUAGUCAACGAGCUUACGCCCUUUUUUAUGCUGAAUGGGAUGCAUGGAUGGGACCAUCACGUCCAAUCCAUCCUCCAAUUGAUUAUGUCGCAGGUGUUGAGAGAACUGCUAUUCUUGAUUCAGGCGACUACCUUGAUUGUCAAGAUGAGCUUCCAACAUGGACUCCAGAAAAUGUUAAGAGUUUUGAGGUACAUGUACAAUGCGCAUUAAUAAGCCCAUGUUGGGGAUACCGUGGUUCACUUGAAUGGCUGAUGUUUGCUCUAAAACGAACACGAGACCCGGACACAAUCAAAAUGGUUAAUAGUGUUAUCGCCGGAUUCUACGGUCUUAAAAUGUAUCAUAUGGGAAGCGGCUUUAUGGAAUAUCACAACUGGCAUAAUGAUUGGUUCCAUUCCUUUCGAGUUUCCCAUGGAAUUGUAGCGUUUGUGAGGGAGAAAGGGAAUUCUCCAGAGGUGAUGUGGGCGGAGAGAGAUGAAGAGGGAAAAUACACAGCACAUUAUCAACCGUAUCUAAUGCCAAUAGGAGUAUCGACACCAGUGCUCAAAGCAAGAGAUAAAAAAGGAUCGGCCGAUUGGGAUUUUGGAACUUUUGAUCAUGGACGAUGGGCGUCCUCUAAAGACUAA